CGCAAUCGCGACCUAUGACGACCACGAUGCACAGGGCGCUGUGAUGACAAAGAUCGACCUCAUGAUUAUCCCGCUAGUGGGAGUCAUCUACUUUUUGUCGUUCCUGGAUCGCGCGAACAUCGGAAAUGCGCGCAUCGCGGGCCUUCAGAAAGAUCUGAACAUGACUGAUCAUCAAUUUUCUGUCUCUCUGACCGUCUUCUAUGUAUCGUAUAUUCUGACGGAGGUUCCCGUGAAUCUAGUCUUGAAAAGAUUCGGAGCAAAUAUCACCAUCCCGCUGAUGGUCGUACUGUGGGGCCUCUUUUGCGCAUGCCAAGGCUCUGUCACCACCUUUGGAGGCUUAAUCGCGUGUCGUUUCUUUUUGGGCAUGGCUGAAGGCGGCCUCUUUCCUAGCCUCGUCCUGUAUCUUUCCAACUUCUAUCCCAGGCACUCUCUGCAGCUUCGGCUGUCGAUGACGUUCAGCGUGACCUCCUUGGCCGGCGCAUUUUCCGGUUUGCUGGCGGCGGCCAUCGAGGAUAUGGAUGGAUUGAGAGGUUUGUCUGGGUGGGCGUGGAUAUUCGUUCUGGAAGGGGUCUUGACCGUCCUAUGCGGAAUAUUGAGCUUUUUCUUGCUCCCACGCGAACCUUCGAAGCUUCGGUGGCUGACUCGGCACGAGAAAGCCGUCUAUGUCGAGAUGCUGAGAGAAGACUGGAGCGGAGAUGCGGAGGACGAGAAAUUCAGCUGGGCCGAAGUCUGGAGCGUGUUUUUGAAUGCUCCGCACUUCAUCAUACUCUGCGUGCAUUUUUUCGUUGGAGGUAUCACACUAUUCGGUUUGGCGACUUUCACGCCCACCAUCGUCAAUGCUCUCAGUUUCUCAACAACGCGCUCCCAGCUCCUUACCGUUCCUCCAUUCGCCUGCUCCUUUGUCACGAGCUUGGUCUCCGCCUAUCUGUCCGACAAAUACAAGCGCCGUGGAGUCACAGCCCUAGUAUUCAGCUUCCUCGCGAUCCUCGGAUACGCUAUUUUCAUAGGAACUCCGAAUAAGCACGCGAACUACGGUGCUUUGUUCUUGCAGAUCAUUGGAGUCUACGGCCUAGCUCCGUGCACCGCCACUUGGAAUGCGAACAAUGUUCAGCCGCAUUUCCGUAGAGCCACAGCCAUUGCCUUCGCUUCUGCGUGCACGAACGUAGGGGGUAUCGUCUCUACUUGGAUUUUCAUCGAUCCUCCAAGGUUCCACACCGCGUCGGCCGUGAAUGUUUCCUUCGCCACCGGCAAUGUCCUAGCGUGUGGUGGCCUCAUCGUAUACCUAGUCCGGCGGAACGCUGCCAAGCGAGCGCACGUCGCUGUACUGCUCAGAGAGAAGGGCGACGGCACUGAGAAAGGGGGUUGGGACUCUCCCGAGGAACGGCAGCGUCUAGGGGAUCGGCAUCCACGUUUUGUCUAUACGUUGUGAACAAUGACACGCUGAUUGCUAUCGUGCGGAGCACAUCGCUGCUUCGCGCUGAUACGGCGGAGAUCCCUGCUCAAUUCGCAAGUGGGCAGGUGCCGAAUGAUCAUGUGCUCCUCUUUUUAUCCGGCAGUUGGAAUGAAUACUGCUGCAUAUUUUGUUUUGUUAUAUUCGCGAUCAAUGCUUUCUCGGACAACUUGUGGGUGCUACGCGUC